GCAUCAUAUAUUUACACAUGUGAGCCAUUCUUCUACUCCGUUGUUCAAACAAGCCAUCUAUCUAUCCAUCAUUUCAGCCGUCCCCAAAUCCUCAAAGACGAAGACCACGACUACUACCGCCAUCUACCAUUCCAAACCGUAAACCCAACCUCCAGAAACUAAAUAUCAAAUAUCCAUCACGCAACGCAAAACAUACAUACAUGCAUACAUGUAUACACGCCCCCACCCCCUUCACACGUUACACAUCACCAGCCCCAACCCAGCCAACCCAACCCCAAAACCAUACAUACAUACAUACACAUGGUUAGUACCCAUGUAUAUACGUAGCACAGCCCGGCCCGCCUCGCAUCCCGUCCCACCAGCCUCAUAACCCGAACAAACUCAGCAUAAAAUAAGAGUACCUGCUGAUGACGAUCAUAAAGACCCGACUUCAGCCCUGCCUAUAUGAUUGG